UAUAUGCAAAAAUGACUACAAAUGAACGAGUUGAGAUGAAUUGAUGGUGCAUAUCAUUCUUCCCUGCAUACCAUGGCUUCCCAAACACCACAACUUCACUUUGUCUUAUUUCCAUUCAUGGCCCAAGGUCAUAUGAUCCCCAUGAUGGACACUGCAAAAAUAUUGAUGCACCACAAUGCUAUCGUCACAGUAGUCACCACUCCACUUCAUGCAACUCGAUUCACAUCUUUCUUUGAUCGUUAUAUUGGAUUAGGCUUUCAAAUUAGACUUGUUCAACUUCAAUUCCCGUGUGAAAAAGCUGAAGUGCCUCAUGGGUGUGAGAGUAUUGACAUGCUACCCUCACUUGCCACAGCCUGGACUUUCUACGAGGCAACAAGCUUUCUACGACAGCCAGUGGAAAAACUAUUUGAAGAGUUAACACCGCCACCGAGUUGCAUCAUCUCUGACAUGUUUUUGCCAUACACAAUCCACAUUUCUAGAAAAUUCAAUAUUCCGAGGAUUUCUUUUGCAGGAGUAAGUUGCUUCUUUCUCCUAUGUUUGCACAAUUUAAUUGCAUAUAAUAUUGAGGGAAGCAUAACCUCUGAAUCAGAGUAUUUUGUUUUACCCGGUAUCCCUGAUGAAAUUGAAAUGACCAUCGCCCAAACCGGAAUAUCAAUGGGUGGAAAUUGGAAACCGUUUAAUGAUGAAUUAUUUGCUGCUGAAAUUGCUAGUUAUGGGUUAAUCACAAAUUCUUUUCAAGAGUUAGAGCCAUCAUAUGUAGCAGAUUACAAGAAGAUUAAAAACAAUAAAGUAUGGUGUCUUGGACCAUUAUCACUUAGUAACAAGGAUCACUUGGAUAAGGCUGAAAGAGGAAACAAGGCCUCAAUUGAUGAGUGCCACCUAAAGUGCUGGCUUGAUUCCCAAAAGCCAAAGACUGUAAUCUAUGCAUGCCUUGGAAGCCUAUGCAAUAUAGCACCACCUCAAUUGAUGGAGCUUGGGUUUGCCUUAGAAGCGUCGAAAAGACCCUUCAUUUGGGUCAUCAGAGAAGGAAGUAAAUCAGAAGGAUUAGAAAAAUUGAUUAAGGAAGAUGGAUUUGAGGAAAGGAGCAAUGGUAGAAGCCUUCUAAUUCGGGGUUGGGCUCCUCAGUUACUGAUAUUAUCACACCCUGCUAUUGGAGGGUUUAUAACACACUGUGGUUGGAACUCUACCUUAGAAGCAAUAAGUGCUGGUGUACCAAUGCUUACGUGGCCACAAUUUGCAGAUCAAUUUUACAAUGAAAGUUUAGUUGUGCAUAUAUUAAAAGUUGGAGUAAAGGUUGGGGUGGAGAGUCCUGCAGUCAAAUGGGGCGAGGAAGUGGAAAUUGGUGUUCAAGUGAAGAAGGAAGAUAUUGGAAGAGCAGUAGAAAGGUUAAUGGAUGAUACAAGCGGAAGUGAAGAAAGAAGAAAAAGGGUUAAAGAACUUGCAGAGAUGGCCAACAAAACUGUAGAAAAAGGGGGAUCUUCUCACUCUAAUGUGACAUUGCUCAUCCAAGAUAUCAUCCAAAAAAUUAAUUCACAAAUGUGAUAUUGUCAUUUGCCAAAAUAAAAGGCCUCAUCAUGCAGUGUUUCAUGUACUUCAAAUGGUGUACCAUGUGUUAGCAAGCCAUUAAUAUAUUUUUAGGCAAUAUUUUUACUUGAGUGAAUUUUUUAUUUGGUUCUUCAAAAUUAAAAGUGCCAUCAUAUUAAUAUUUUAAUAAAAUAAUUAAUAACUAAAUUUAAAACAUGAAAUUAAAAUUGGACCUUGAAGUUUUAAUUUUGACAUUAAGAGAUCAUUGUAGAAUUGAAAAAUCAAUUCCAUGGAAUUAGUGUGUGUGUGUGUAUAUAUAUUUGACACUACCUUACCUAGAUCUUAUAUCCUUUUCCUAAACUUUAAAGAAGUUAUAAUUUUGAUUGACAAAUGGAUCCUAAGCCUUUGUUUGAUUUAACUAUAAAAUAAUUGGAAAGAAAACAAAACAAAAGAACAUGAAGUAUACAAAAGAAAUUAUUUUUUCCAUAGUUUGAUACUGAAAAAAGUGCGUCAACAUUAUUUAAUAGC